AUGGUUUACAUAACUUCGUGGGACGAGUUCGUUGAGCGAUCUGUGCAGUUGUUCCGUGCCGAUCCCGAUUCUACGCGGUAUGUGAUGAAGUACAGACACUGUGAUGGCAAGUUAGUUCUCAAGGUCACUGACAACAAAGAGUGUCUUAAGUUCAAGACAGACCAGGCACAGGAUGCUAAGAAGAUGGAGAAGCUGAACAACCUAUUCUUUACUUUGAUGUCUCGGGGCCCUGAUGCGGAUGUGUCAGAAGUUACAGGGAAAGAACAGACAGAAGCACAGCCAGGGAAGAAAGGGAGAGGAAGGAAACAAUAA